UGGAGAACCCGCUCCUUCGAUCACAUGCUGGCGCUGGCUCAAGCACCAAAUCCAACCGCGCCUGACAUCGACGGCCUCACCGGUUCGGAGUUCAACCACCUCUCCGCCGCCGACCCUUCCUCCCCAAAGUAUUCCGUCUCCGACGCCAUGCAUCGCCGCAGCAGAUAUUCGGCACGCCCCACUGCGCCCCGCCGCCGACAGCGACGGAACAAGGGCCCCCUCCUCCUCCUCCUCUAUGUGGAUCCCGCCCCACUGAACGGCUUCGCCCAGCAGCGCCUUGAGCAGCAUGGCCGCUCGCAUGGCCCAGACCGUCCAUUGAGCGGCUUCGCCGCCCGAUCGCCGUCCCGUCUUACGCCGCCCUCCGCCGACGAGUUCGCCGCUCUUACGCACCGUUCGCCGUUCGCCUCCGCUCCCGCCUCGACCCAGCCCAACCGCUUCUACGCUUCCACUUCCGCUACCUCCCACGGCGCCUCCAGCAACGUCCGCAGGGACCUCAUCCACGGCUUCCCCCAAAAGACCAUCUUUGAUUCUCUCGAGGAGAACGGCCUCAGCUUCGGCGUCUACUACCAGAAUGUCCCCGCCGUCCUCUUCUUCAAGAGCCUUCGCAAGCUCAAGAACGUAGUUAACUUCCACAACUACAAGCUCACCUUCAAGCGCCACGCCAGCUCCGGGAAACUGCCCAACUACGCUGUCAUCGAGCAGAAGUACUUUGACCUGGAUCUCGACCCCGCCAAUGACGACCACCCGUCCCACGACGUAGCUCGAGGUCAGAGGUUUGUCAAGGAGAUUUAUGAGACGCUGCGGGCCAGCCCUCAGUGGAAUGAGACUGCGCUGCUCAUUACCUACGAUGAGCACGGCGGGUUCUAUGACCAUGUGCCCACCCCGGUGAGAGGGGUGCCCAACCCCGAUGGCAUAAUCGGCUCUGCUCCCUACUAUUUCAAGUUUGAUAGGCUUGGGGUUCGCGUUCCUACCCUCCUUAUCUCCCCUUGGAUUGAUAAGGCCACCGUGAUCCAUGAGCCUAAUGGGCCAACUCCACAUUCACAGUUUGAACAUUCAUCUGUUCCGGCAACUGUAAAGAAGCUGUUCAAUCUGAACACAAAUUUUCUUACGAAAAGAGAUGCAUGGGCGGGUACAUUUGAGAGCUAUUUCUCCCUUCGGAAGACCCCUCGAACUGAUUGUCCAGAGAAACUCCCAGAAGUAGUGAGGUCACUAAGGGCAUCGGGAGCAAAGGAGGAUGUUUCUCUUUCGGAGUUUCAGGUGGAGCUUAUCCAGCUUGCUUCUCAGCUCAACGGAGACCAUGUCCUUAAUGCGUAUCCAGACAUUGGCAAGAGUAUGAGUGUGAGGCAAGCAAACCGAUAUGCUGAGGAUGCAGUUGCAAGGUUCUUGGAAGCUGGGAGGGCUGCAUUGAGGGCAGGGGCUAAUGAGUCAGCGAUUGUCACCAUGAGGCCUGCACUCACCAGCAGGACUCCCAGCCCUUCGCUUCAAACUAGUUGAAUCUCAUUAAAUGUGGAGCUUCCAAAAUGCCUGUAUCUUCUUCGUAAUAUGUAUAUAUGAAUUCAUGAACCCCAUUGUUAUCUUGUAUAUCAUGUUCUCCGAAUGAUUUCGGGGGACUUGGAAGGAAUCCCAAUGACGACACGACAUAGGAUCCCAGAUACAAGGAUCCUCCAAGUUAUGUACUGUAGUCUGCUAUCCAUGUUAUGUUAUUGAUACUGAUAAGCUUGUUGGGGUCUUUCCUAUUAUAAACUGCAGUCGUGUGCGUGCGAGAAUGUGUUUGGUUUA